AUGGGGUUCGAUACAAGAUGGAGGGCAUGGGUUGCAAAGUGUAUUAGGUCAGCAUCUAUUUCCAUAAUGGUUAAUGGGUCACCAUCAAAACCUUUCAAGAUGGAAAGGGGGUUGCGGCAAGAGGAGGAAACAGUGAGAAAUUACAAGAGGCUCUUGAGGUGUUUUGAAGUAAUGUCUGGACUAAGCAUUAACUUUGAAAAGUCUAGCUUGAUACCGGUGAAUUGCAGUGAGGAGUGGGUGGAGCGGAUGUGCAGGGUACUAGGGUGCCAGACAGCAUCUCUUCCGGUGAAGUAUUUGGGCAUUAAUCUAGGGGUUAAUCCACGGCUGGUAAAAACUUGGAAGCCAGUAAUAGACAAGGUAGAGGAUAAGCUUAGUUUAUGGAAAGCAAAGGUUCUCAGUAAAGCAGGAAAGCUAGUUCUCAUUAAGUCUGUUCUUAAUAGCCUACCUGUGUACUAUCUGAGCUUGUAUAAAAUGCCCACUACGGUGGCGAAAAAAUUAAUUUCAUUACAACGGAGAUUCUUUUGGGGGAAGGACGAUGGAAAAGCUGGGCUGGCUCUUGUAAAGUGGGAGUUGAUACAGGCACCGAAGAAACUAGGAAGACUAGGUGUGGGUGAUGCCAUGAUUUGCAAUACCGCCUUGUUGUUUAAGUGGUGGUGGAGAUUUUCUAAGGAAGACUGCCCAUUAUGGAAGAAGAUUGUGUGUUCGUGCAAUAACCUAAAUCCGGGCCAGUUGUUAUCGACUCAAGCAUUACCAGCAAAAGGAGGCCCAUGGAAAGAUAUCUGUAACCUGCAAAUAAAAGAGCAAACAGUUAGACAGAAGAUGAUCGAUGGACUUGCUAUUGAAGUAGGCGAUGGUAGAGCAACCAGAUUUUGGGAGGAUACAUGGUUACAAUCGGGGAAGUUGAAAGAUUCCUUUUCGAGACUCUUCUUAGUUUCAAAUAACAAAGGAUAUGUCUUGCAGGAACAUACAUUGAAGGAUGAUAUCAGUAGAUACAAGUACACAAAUGGAAUCUGGAAGGGGCUAGUACCCCCUGGAGUGAAAUUUUUUACUUGGUUUGUGCUAGUAGGUCGAGUUAAUACUAAGGAUCGUUUGAAUAGACUCGGCAUUAUUGAUCGGAAUGAUAAUAUUUGUGUGAUGUGUAACAAAGACCUUGAAUCUGUGCAACAUUUAUUUGUUACGUGUGAGUAUGAUUGGCAGAAUAAGGUAACGGAUGUGGUGGAAUGCAUUGCUAGAACGAUGGAGGUCUGGGCGGUGAGGGCAAAGCUACAUCACCGGCGCCCCUAG